AGCUGCCCGCCCAAUUCAGUGUCGCCGCGCUGCCUACCUGAGUCGGAGCGCUCUGGGGCGGGGGUGCGGUCGUGCAAUAGGAAGAGGAGCGCUUUGCAAGCUUCCCGUGGGACACCCGCUAACCCGGCCGGUCUCCAAGUCUGGUGCAGUCCCAGCCGACAACUCCGGUUUCUAUUUUUGGUGCUCGAAGCCCCCUGCUCUUAGCAGCCAUGCCUCUCAGCCGCAGUCUGUCCAUGUCAUCGCUUCCAGGACUGGAAGACUGGGAGGAUGAGUUUGACCCGGAGAACGCAGUGCUUUUCGAAGUGGCCUGGGAGGUGGCCAACAAGGUGGGUGGCAUCUACACUGUGCUGCAGACGAAGGCAAAGGUGACAGGGGAUGAAUGGGGUGACAACUAUUAUCUGGUGGGACCAUACACGGAGCAGGGUGUGAGGACCCAGGUAGAGCUACUGGAGCCCCCAACUCCUGAAUUGAAGAGGACUCUGGAUUCCAUGAACAGCAAGGGCUGUAAGGUGUAUUUUGGGCGUUGGUUGAUCGAGGGGGGACCCCUAGUGGUACUCCUGGAUGUGGGGGCCUCAGCCUGGGCCCUGGAGCGUUGGAAGGGUGAGCUCUGGGACACCUGCAACAUCGGGGUACCCUGGUACGACCGUGAAGCCAAUGAUGCUGUCCUGUUUGGCUUCCUCACCACCUGGUUCCUGGGUGAGUUCCUGGCCCAGAACGAAGAGAAGCCCUAUGUUGUUGCCCACUUCCAUGAGUGGUUGGCAGGCAUUGGUCUGUGUCUGUGCCGUGCCCGGCGCUUGCCGGUGGCAACCAUCUUCACUACCCAUGCCACACUGCUGGGGCGCUAUCUGUGUGCCGGUGCCGUCGACUUCUACAACAACCUGGAGAAUUUCACUGUGGACAAGGAAGCCGGUGAGCGGCAGAUCUAUCAUCGCUACUGCAUGGAGCGUGCGGCCGCCCACUGUGCGCACGUCUUCACCACAGUGUCCCAGAUCACCGCCAUUGUCACACAGCACCUCCUCAAGAGGAAGCCAGACAUUGUGACUCCCAAUGGGUUGAAUGUGAAGAAGUUCUCUGCUAUGCACGAGUUCCAGAACCUUCAUGCUCAGAGCAAAGCACGGAUCCAGGAGUUUGUGCGUGGCCACUUUUAUGGGCACCUGGACUUCAACUUAGACAAGACUUUGUAUUUCUUUAUCGCUGGCCGCUACGAGUUCUCCAACAAGGGAGCUGAUGUGUUCCUGGAAGCCUUGGCCAGGCUGAACUAUCUGCUCAGAGUGAAUGCCAGUGAGCAAACAGUUGUUGCCUUCUUCAUCAUGCCGGCACGGACCAACAACUUCAAUGUGGAGACCCUGAAGGGCCAAGCCGUGCGCAAACAGCUAUGGGACACAGCCAAUACAGUUAAGGAGAAGUUUGGGAGGAAGCUCUACGAAUCUUUACUAGUGGGGAGCCUCCCGGACAUGAAUAAGAUGCUGGACAAGGAGGACUUCACUAUAAUGAAGAGAGCCAUCUUUGCCACUCAGCGGCAGUCUUUUCCCCCUGUGUGCACCCACAACAUGCUGGAUGACUCCUCAGAUCCUAUCCUAACCACCAUUCGCCGAAUUGGCCUUUUCAACAGUAGUGCUGACCGUGUGAAGGUGAUUUUCCACCCAGAGUUCCUCUCUUCCACAAGCCCUCUACUCCCAGUGGACUAUGAAGAGUUUGUCCGUGGCUGUCACCUUGGGGUCUUUCCCUCCUACUAUGAGCCCUGGGGCUACACGCCUGCGGAGUGCACAGUCAUGGGCAUCCCCAGCAUUUCCACCAACCUCUCCGGCUUUGGCUGCUUUAUGGAGGAACACAUCGCAGAUCCCUCAGCUUACGGCAUUUACAUUCUGGAUCGGAGGUUCCGCAGCCUGGAUGAUUCCUGCUCGCAACUCACCUCCUUCCUCUACAGCUUCUGUCAGCAGAGCCGGCGACAGCGCAUCAUCCAGCGGAAUCGCACAGAGCGCCUGUCAGACCUGUUGGACUGGAAGUACCUAGGCCGGUACUACAUGUCUGCACGCCACAUGGCCCUGGCCAAGGCCUUUCCGGAUCAUUUCACCUAUGAGCCCCAUGAGGUAGAUGCGACCCAGGGGUAUCGUUACCCACGGCCAGCCUCCGUGCCACCAUCGCCCUCACUGUCUCGACACUCCAGCCCACACCAGAGUGAGGAUGAGGAAGAGCCCCGGGAUGGACCCCUGGGGGAAGACAGUGAACGUUAUGAUGAAGAAGAAGAGGCUGCCAAAGACCGCCGCAACAUCCGAGCACCAGAGUGGCCACGCCGGGCCUCCUGUUCCUCCUCCACAGGCGGAAGCAAGAGGAGCAACUCAGUGGACACUGGACCCUCCAGCUCACUCAGCACGCCCACUGAGCCCCUAAGCCCUACCAGUUCCGUGGGCGAGGAGCGCAACUAAGCCCCUGCACCCCACUCCAUGUCUGUCCUGUGUCCCUCCUGCAGAGAGAGGGUAUCUGAACCCCACUCCAGACCGAUUGGAUUCUUACCCAGUGUGGUCCAUAGUCCAACCUGUUUCAGGCACUCCAGCCCUUUGGCUCCAAUCUUGGAGUCACCACACUCCUCACCACUGUGCCUUUCUUGGAUUGCAAAAUUCAUUCUUUGUGCUCUGGUUGGAGUCUCCAGGCUUAGCCUGGGUCCCAGAAGCCAGGAAUCUGCCUUUGUUCUUCAGUGCCACAGGUUUUAGGACACCUGGUUUAUUGCUUUCCAGGCUGCAGCUUCUUUUGAUCCUACAAAUAUACAGAGUAUGCUAUGUGCAGGCCUGCCCCCAGGGCCACCUCAUGUUAAAAUCUGUGUGACCUCCCUGCAACCGGGACAGCCAAGUUCAGAGUUAGGACAACUCAGGGAUUAACAGAGUUGAAUAUGGGCCUGGAAAGGGAGCUCAGCUGUCAGAGUACUUGCCUAGCAUGCCGAAGCCCUGGGAUCUAACUCUAGCACCUCAUAGACCUAGUGUGGUGAUUACCUCUAUAAUUCUGACACUCAGUCGGUAGAAGUAUAAGGGUCAGGAGUUUAAGGUCAUCCUCUGCUGCACAGGGAGUUAGUUCAUGGCCAUGCUCGACAACUUGAGAGACGGUCUCAAAAUCAAACAAAGUUAACAAUGCUGAUGGUCCUCCAUUUCAACCCACAGCUGGGAUGCCAGGACAGGCGGCAAGCCUGGUCUCCCUGGAUGUGUCACAUUUAUUUCUUCAAGGGAGCAUGCAGAGUUGAACCAGUCACCUUUCUGCCUUUUUAUGGACCAGAGCUUAUUAUUCCCCUCGGUCCAGUGUACCCUCCAGGAAAUGGCUCCGUUGAGAACAGAAUGGCUGUCAACCUGCUUCAACCCACCAUUAAACCACCGGGCUCUGACUCCCAGUGGCUGAAUCAGGAGUAUUGUCACCAGUGCUGCACCCUGGCCCCCUUUCCUGAUAUGGAACCGAGCCCACUGGCUUCUUGAAGCCCCACAUGUACCUCGAGGCCUUUCUGCCUGCAAGCUUCGUCCUGCCCUCACGUGUUCUGUGUCUGGCCUGAGGCCCUUCUUGGUUUGCAUUUGGAGGGGGAGGGCAGAAGGUGUGUGAUUGGAGUGUGUCCAGAGAUGAAAAAAAUAUACCUGUAUUUAAGAGUUGCAAGUGUAGCAGGACA